CAAGUUGGUAAGUUAAAAAUUUAACCUUCCGACUUAGUGAAGUUUGUUUACAAUCAACAGUCAGUUGUAAAAAAGUAACAUUCAAAUUUGUUGUUAAAUAAAUAUAAAUAAUUAAUCUGGCGGUCUAAUAAUGUUACCCGCAACAUCAAAAAGUUCCAGGAGGUCAUCGAUUCUCAAACUACCCAAAAAGUCUAACUCUCAAAAUGCAGAGUCAAAUUCGUCUGAAGAAAACAGUCCAACUAAACAACUAAAACGACGAGUCAGUUUUGCCGAGAAGAAAAGCGUCAAAGAAUUCGCGGAUUCAAUAGAACAAGGAACAGUCUGGGACAGCACAUACGAAGAAAGUGACUCCAGUCAGAUAAGAAUGAGCCACAGCGAGUAUACAAAGUCUCUAGUGAUCCAAACAAGCACAAACAUAACCUACCAGAGUAGUCAAAUCCAAGAAGACACUAGAUUAAGUUUAAUGGUACGACCGGAGAUCGAGUUCAAGUUCCCAACAGAAUCAUGCGCCCCAAGAAUUUCGCACGUUGAUCCCGAGAUGCUGGCAAACAAAGAGAACAUGCCUGAGAUCCUGGGCCUGGAGACUGUCGAGAGUUCCUUCGUGGAAGUUGAAGAUGUUCCGGUCCAGGCUUCGGGGUUCGCGGUUUACUGCGACGAAGAGAACUUCAAUGAAACUAACACCGAGGAUGUUCCAAUGGAAUGCACAAUUGUCGCGGAUGCGCUGGUUCAUGUGAGCGCGGAUGCUGAGGAACGUGACAAAACUCAAAUAUUUGGGAACGAGUCUAUUGAAUUCACUGAAGUGGUUCCAUCAAAGGCAAUUAGGUCCAAUCUGGGUAAUGAAGCACCUUUGAUGUUUGAUAAAUCCAUGGAAAUUACUGAAGCAGUUCCUUCAUUGUUGCGUUCUGCUGAAAGAACCGUUUUUCAUGACGGAUCUAUGGAACUCACUGAAGCUGUUCCUAGAACGAACUUACCGAAUUUAAGAUCGGCUGGUGAUAGAACACAAGUUUUUCAUGAUAAAUCUAUGGAACUUACUGAAGCUGUUCCUAGAACAAACUUACUGACCAUCGGAACAGAAGUUUUUAAUAACAGAUUUAUGGAACUCACUGAAGCUGUUCCUAGAACAAAUUUCAGAUCGGCUGUAGAUAAAACACAAGUUUUUCUUGAUAAAUCUAUGGAACUUACUGAAGCUGUUCCUAGAACGAACUUACUGGCUAUCAGAUCGGCAGUUGAUGGAACAGAAGUUUUUAAUAACAGAUCUGAAGCUGUUCCUAGAACGAACUUACCGAAUUUAAGGUCAGCUGGUGAUAGAACACAAGUUUUUUAUGAUAAAUCUAUGGAACUCACUGAAGCUGUUCCUAGAACAAACUUACUGACCAUCGGAACAGAAGUUUUUAAUAACAGAUCUAUGGAACUUACUGAAGCUGUUCCUAGAACAAAUUUCAGAUCGACUGUUGAUAAAACACAAGUUUUUCACGAUAAAUCUAUGGAAAUCACUGAAGCUGUUCCUAGAACAAAUUUACCAAAUUUCAGAUCGGCUGGUGAUAGAACACAGGUUUUUCAUGAUAAAUCUAUGGAACUUACUGAAUCUAUUCCUAGAACAAACUUACUGACUAUAAGAUCGGCAAUUGAUGGAACAGAAGUUUUUAAUAACAGAUCUAUGAAACUUACUGAAGCGGUGCCAAACUUAAAAGCGCAUUUUAGUAAUGACAGGACUCAGGUUUUUCACAACAAGUCUAUGGAACUUACCGAAGCUUUUCCUAGAACAAACUUACUGAAUUUCAAAUCACCCGAUAGAACACAAGUUUUUCAUGAUAAAUCUAUGGAACUUACUGAAGCUGUUCCUAGAACGAACUUACUGCACAAAGUUCUAGAAGAUAGAACGGAAUUUUUUCAGAACAAAUCUAUGGAACUGACUGAAGCGAUCUGUCCUAGAACAAAGUUACCAUACAAAGUUCCUGAAGAUACGACGGAAUAUUUUCAGAACCAAUCUAUGGAACGAACUGAAGCAGUUCCUAGAACAAGCUUACUGAAUUUCAAAUCAGCCGAUAGAACACAAGUUUUUCAUGAUAAAUCUAUGGAACUUACUGAAGCUGUUCCUAGAACGAACUUACUGCACAAAGUUCUAGAAGAUAGAACGGAAGUUUUUCAGAACAAAUCUAUGGAACUGACCGAAGCGAUCUGUCCUAGAACAAAGUUGCCAUACAAAGUUCCUGACGAUAAAACGGAAUUUUUUCAUAACCAAUCUAUGGAACAAACUGAAGCGAUCUGUUCAAGAACGAACUUACUACCUAAAGUUCCUGGAGAUAAAACAGAAGGUUUUCACAAUAAAUCUAUGGAACUAACUGAAGUUAUAGCUCCAAAUUUGAGACCAAUCAAUGAAGACGAUCUUAAAUUUCAUCAUGAAUCUCUAAAACGAUCUGACGCGGAAAUCACCCAGACAAUUAAUCCUCGAGACCAAGAUCAGAACAUACACCACAACUACUUCAUGGAGAACACAGUCUCUAUAAAUCCCUCUUUGAAACGCAGUUACAAGUGCAUCGCAGAUCCUAGAACUCCAAGGUCGGUGAUAUCUAGUCCAAACCCCAAGAACCCUCGAGACUGCCCAGUUGACAGGAAAGCUUCCAUGGACAUGCUGCACCGGAUCUUGCACCAGGGUUUAGAAAAUAUGCCUGAUGUUCCUGAGCUUCCUAAGUAUGAUUCUCUGGAAGAGUCCAUGGAGAUGACUGUAGCAAUUCCAUCUCUUACAAAUCGAUCUGAAAUUACUGUUUCAGAUCUUACAGAAGAUUGUGAUGUGGCUGCUAGUUUUGGUUCUGGAGGAGUUGUAGAACGUCAUGACAAUUUGGAAGAAAUUUCUGUAUUGAAUACUAAAGAAACUUUUGUGGAAUUUGAUGAUAAUAUGCAAGGGAAUGAUAUUGGGACUACUUCUGUGUUCCUGGAACAAACGCCAUCUUUUAUGUAUACUAGUGAUCUGGAUCUGGAUGGUCAUGUUAUAAGAGAUUCUGUUUUAGAUCUAGAACAUCAAGAUCUGGAACAACAAGAUCUGAAACAUAAAGAUCUUGAACAAGAUCGGGAACAACAAGAUCUAGAACAAGGUAUUAAACAACGAGAUCUUGAACAAAAUUUGGAACAACAAGAUCUUGCACAAGUUCUGGAACAAUAUCGAGAACAAGAUUUUUCACAAGUUCUGGAACAAGAUCGAGAACAGCAAGAUCUAGAACAAGAUUGGGAACAACGAUAUCUGGAACAAGGUAUGGAACAGCGAGAUCAAGAGCAAGGUAUGGAACAACCAGAUCUAGAACAAGAUAUGGAACAACAAGAUCUAGAACAAGGUAUGGAACAACAAGAUCUAGAACAAUAUCUGGAACAAGGUAUGGAACAACAAGAAAAUUAUAAUGCAAUUGAAUACAUUAAUUCUAAAUUAAAAGAAAGUGAUAUUAGAAGUAUUUUUACUGGAGAUCUGAGUGGAACUUCACUGAAGCGAAGUAUUCUAGACGAUGAAGAAGAACAAAUUAAUAGAAAGAAAUUUAUUUAUAAGCAAAACUUGAAUAAAAAUGAACGCCAAGAGUUAAUGAUGGAAGAAUAUCAUGAAUGCAGUGAAGAAAAUGUAAUUGAAAAAGUUCACUUACCAGAAAUAGGAAAUGUUGAAAAAAGCGAAAUUAGUCUUCGGCUGAAGAAACUUAUUUUUAGAGAUGAAAUGGUGAACAGAAAAUUAAAAGCCAGUCGGCUGGAUGAAUUUAGAAGGUUGAAGGUAAAAACUCUGGAAAUUGGAACUAAAAAGCAAAGUGAGUCCAAAACUAGGUUUGAUAUUCUUAAGGAGGGAUUAGAAGAAUACGCGAAGAGCAGGUCGUGUUUGUGGAAAAUUCACACCAUUCAUCCGGAGGUUAUUUGCAUAGAGUUCCGCAAGACGGCGCUGAUGCUUGCUGUGAAAAUAGAGGUUAGAACGGAGGAGAGAAUCUCAAAGAUUUGUGUGGUUCCAAGAGUUAAUGAUGCAGAUUCGGAGAUGCUUAGGAUGACGGAUAGGUUGAUUGUCAGAGCGAUUGAUUGCGACAAAAUGGCGGAUUAUUAUUUGACUUAUGCGGAUGUUCCUAAGCUUAUUGCAGAUGUCACGGAGAAAGUUCAUUUUGUUUAUGAUUUUUAUGAUGAGAUGGUGAAACUUUGGCGGGUUAAUUUGAUGGAACUUGAUGGAGACAUAGUUACUGUCACAGUGCGCACUAAAAAAAUGGAGACUAUUAUCAAACUUAUAAUCAAUAUUGCAAGAUAUCCUUCCGUAACUCCUGAAGAUAUUAAAAUUGUUCCAAUUUUAGGAACAGUAAAGGAAGACGUGAAAAAAUUAAUAAAAAAUUUGAAGCCUAGUCCCAAGUUACUAACGCUUUAUAUAACUGAUGUUUAUGAAUUUCUUGAAUUACUUGCAUUUGCUAAUUCAAAGAACUAGGUAGUGGUCGUUGUUAAAAUGUAUAUUAUAAAUUACUAAUUAUUUUAAAUGUAUUUUUAAGCUUGUGCAAUGCACUGGUACCAUAAUGAUGUAGAUAAAAGUAUUAAAUAAAAUUUAUAAUUUUGCAAUAA